AUGGAGUCAUAUCGAUGGGAUUGUCUUUCUAGAAUAUAAAUGAACCAAUAAAUAAUUGAUUAAUUUUUAUUUAAAUAGAGCAAACUCAUACUCAAAAAAUAUUAUUAAUUAAUUAAAUUAUAAAUAGCAAAAAAAAAAGAAAUUAAUUAAUUAAAAAAGAAAAUGAGUUAUUUUAUAUCUUAAGAUUCAGAAGAAAGCUUAUCUAGUUUUUCUGAUUUAAAAAUAAAUUAAAUUUCUUUUAAAAAUGAAUAUUUGGAGGCUUGCUUGAAUUUAAAACAACCUGACUAUGUUCUUGAGUUUGAAAGUAAUUGCUUAAAUGAAAAUAAUAAAAAAAUUUUAUUAUUAUAAAAAUAAUCAUAUUUACAAUUAAAUGCCUUUGAUAAAAAACAAAAUAUGUAGAAAUAGCUUUAUAUCUUUAGUGACUAAGUAAUAAUAGAAUUUUACAUUCGAUUAUUUCAAUGUUUACCCAGAAAAGAUUUAAUCUAUCCUAUUGAAGAUUAAUAUUACUUAGACAGGAAUUAAAAUUUUUAUGUCUUUGAGAUUCAGUGUCCUAAAAUAGAUGAAGAGAAUGAAAAUUUAUUUGAAUUUAAUAAAAAUAAUUCAAAAAUUAAUUAAAGUAUCUCUCAAAAACUUUCAAAAUAUUUUUUUGAUUAGCUUAUCGAGUUUGAUGAGAAGGAGAUAAUAAAUUAUUUCCAGAAAAAUAAGUAAUAAAGAUUAAAUAUCUUUGAUUUGACACUUAGACAUAAAUAAAUUAUCAAUCAAACUUUAGAAUAAAUUAAUUUGCGCUCUUUUGCUGAAACAGAAAUUAAAACGCCUCUGAAUUUUUGUUUUUCUCAGUUUGAAUAGGUACAAGGAAAUAAUAUUAAAAUAGAUGGAACUAAUAAAUUAGUUAAUGAAGAAUCUUAUUUAGAAAACCAACCUAGCAAUGAGGGCUUAUGUAUAUAAAAUUCUGAAGAAGAAGAAGAUUAAGAAUGUUCUUUUGAAGAAGAAAUAGAAUAAUUAAGAGAAUUGCACGAAAAUAUCUUUAUUGCCAUGAAAAAGGAAAAUCUAAUUACUAAUAUAAAAAAAUAUUAUUCAGAUUUGCUAAAGUAUCAUUAGGAAGAUAUUUUUAUCCUGCUUUAGUAGCAUCCAAAGUACAAUAAUUUUGAGGUUCAAUUAUAUACUUCUGAAUACUUUUAACUUAAAUGCACAAAGGAUAAUAACUCAAUGACAUUAAUUUUGAAAAAAUAUAAUUCUUUUUAAAUGAUUUAAGAGGAAGAAAAAUUUAUAAAUUAGAGAGUUAUUAAUACAAAUAAUUUGAUUUUGACUGAAACAAUUCCAUUGGGUAGAUUUUAUUAUCUUUUAACAGAGGUUAAAUAUUUUAAACCCGUAAGAGAAAUCUUUUUCUAUCAUUCAAUUGAAGAGUUAAUUAAACAUUCUAGGAAUGAUAAAUAGCUCAAAUUACAAGUAGUUAAGCUAUUAAUAGAAAUAAGUUAUGAAUUACUAACUAAAUACAAUAUUAAAAUAACUAAUAUAAAUCCUUCAAAAAUUCUUAUUUAGGGUAACGAUGAAAAUAUUUAAAAGUUUUAAACAUUUGGUAUUAUAAUCUAACAAAUUAGCUUUGAGCAAUUCGAUUAAAAAUAUGAAAAUUUAAUAGAUUGUUAUGAAUUAUAGAGUGUUAAUAAUUAUUACCCAAAUGCUAUUAAAUUGAAAUUUUUUAUUGAUGAAUUCUUCACAUAUUUGAACUUGAAUUAAAGUUAGGAAGUUGCUAGACUAUAUGUUGAUAUAAUUGAGCAUAUAAGCUUACUUAAAUUAGUUGAAGUGAAUGGUGGUCUUAAAAUUUAUGGAUAUAAUAAACUUCAUAAAGAUUUUUUUUAUAGUAAUAUGGAAUUAAUAAAAUACCAACAAAAAGUAAGUUCUUUAUAAAUAAAAUUAGAAGACUACAUUAAACUAAGUGAAAAUAACUUAAUUUUCGAUUGUAAGAAUUAAUUUUUGGAAUAGAAUUAGAGAUUAUCUCCUGAGUAGUAAGAAGAAUUUUUAAAGCAUUAUAAUAUUUUUGAAAGUUAUUUUGAAAAAAUGGAAUUGGUAAAAAGCGAUAUUUAAAAUAAAAAUUAACUUUAAUUGAUGUUAGAAUUAAAAAAUAUGUUUAAUAUUUGCUUAGAUUGCAAUAUUUUUGGUGAACUGGAUUUUUAAAUAGGAAUAAUUCAAAAUACUUCAUAGUUUUUUAAUAAAUUUGACAAGAAAUUUUUAAAAAUUGACUCAGAAUCUGAUUAUAUAUUAAGGGAUGUAUCCUAAAUCCUUUAAGUGAAGAUGAAUUUAUCUGGUAAGAAAAUGAAGAUCUACUUUGCACUUGUAUAAUAGAAAAUAUUUUUCCUUUCUAUUGAUCAGAAUGAUACCUUAAUUUAUUAAGAGCAUACUAAAGAAAUGUUUUCUUUGAUAAAUAUCUAAAGAUUCAUUAAAAGAAUUCAAUUAAAUUUAGUUAAUAAAAAUCAAUAUCAUUAAAUAUUUAAAUUCUUACAAAAAUUUGAUAAUUUAUAAAGAUUAACAUUAGAUCUAUUAACUAUAAUGUAGAAAAUUUAUUGA